AUGGCCGACCAGCAACAGUCUGGAGGUAACCUCCCACCUCCACCCGGAGCCCCUGGCUAUGACGGACAACACGGCGCUCCCCAGCAGCAUAUGCCUCCCCCGCCGCUCGCACCUGUGGUCAUCCCCCAGAACACGAACCCCAUCCCCACCGCCAUGGGCUCGCCCUUGCCUGGCAACCCGGGCCUGGACGCCAUGUCUCCCGGCAGUGGUGGACCAGGCUACGUCCCGCGUCGCGCCGCGCCCGAACCGAACAAGCGAGCUCUGUAUGUGGGAGGACUGGACCCCCGAGUAACUGAAGAUGUGCUGCGUCAGAUCUUCGAGACGACUGGCCACGUCCAGAGCGUCAAGAUUAUUCCAGACAAGACCGUCAGUUCUCCGUCUGUGAAUUCAAAGGGCUUCAACUAUGGGUUCGUCGAGUACGAUGACCCGGGGGCGGCCGAGAGAGGCAUGGCGACUCUCAACGGCCGUCGUAUCCACAACAACGAAAUUCGUGUCAACUGGGCUUAUCAGUCAAACAACACCGCGAAGGAGGACACUUCCAACCACUUCCACAUCUUUGUCGGUGACUUGUCCAACGAGGUCAACGACGAGGUCCUUCUCCAGGCGUUUUCUACUUUCGGUCCCGUCUCAGAAGCUCGCGUUAUGUGGGACAUGAAGACGGGCAGAUCGCGUGGAUACGGAUUCGUCGCUUUCCGGGAUCGUGCUGAUGCUGAGCGCGCGCUCAGCUCCAUGGACGGAGAGUGGCUUGGGUCUCGUGCCAUUCGCUGCAACUGGGCCAACCAGAAGGGUCAGCCCUCCAUUUCCCAGCAGCAAGCCAUGGCAUCCAUGGGCAUGACACCCACAACUCCUUUCGGACACCACCACUUCCCAACUCAGGGUGUCCAAAGCUAUGAUAUGGUUGUUGCGCAGACUCCCCAAUGGCAGACUACGUGCUACGUCGGCAACUUGACUCCAUACACUUCGCAGUCUGACUUGGUCCCGCUAUUCCAGAACUUUGGAUAUGUCACCGAAACACGUUUCCAGUCUGACCGUGGAUUUGCUUUCAUCAAGAUGGAUACUCACGAGAACGCCGCCAUGGCAAUUUGUCAACUUAACGGGUACAAUGUCAACGGCCGUCCACUAAAGUGUAGCUGGGGCAAAGACCGUCCUCCGACGGGCCAAUUCGAAGGCUACUCGCCCGCAGGUCCCAACUCAGCUUACCCUCAAACCCCAAGCGCGUACUUCCCUCAGUACGGAGGUGGUGGCCCGGGUGGUCCCAUGUCAGGUGGUCCUAUGUCGGGUGGUCCCAUGUCGGGCGGUCCCAUGUCGGGUGGCCCCAUGUCACCCUCAGGACCCAGCCCCGGUGGACAACCAUUUGCCCAGCAGCAGCAGGGCUUCGGCGGUCCUGGUAUGAACUACCCUCCACAGAUGCAGACGCCCCAGAGUGCCGGUGGCUACGGCCGCGGUGCUCCCCAGCAGCAGUGGGGCCAGCCCCAGCAAGGCAACUUCAACCAGAACGGCUUUGGCGGAUACCAAGGUUGAGCAUGACGUUUCAUAUCAGUCCUUCUCUGCUCUUGCAUUGCUCGACUCAUUAUUACGAAAUGUCUGGUUGUUUACACGAGGUGUCCGUUGGAUAGACGCCAUCUUCUUGGAUCCAUCUCAUCAGCUAUCUGCCCAUAUCUAUUCGACGGGGACUCUUCUGUUAUUCAAAAUUGGUGUACGAGCAGUGUCGAUCGUUGCACAGGGUUAUUUUCUCCAAGCUGCGCACAAUCUUCUUAGCGUACAUCCUGCUUUCUAGGGUUUGCGCUAGAGUAUGUGUGCCUUUUUAACGGUCGGAAUCACGGAAAGAGCUUUUGAAUGAAUUUCCUUGCUCCCCUCCAUAUGUCGUUGUCUGCUUGGCUGUUUUUUGGGCACAUACAAUCUUGCCGUCUGCCCAUCUUCAUGUUGCUUGUUUGAUACCUUAUUCUUACACCUCUUAAAAGCAUUUUGCCUUAUUCCCUUGUGUAGCAUGAAAACACCUGGCCUGUGGUAUGGGCAUAAGUGGUGAUAUGAGCUUUCGUCUAGCGUUUAGCGUUACCCGAUUUUGCACUUUUAGUAUGGGCUCGGUUGCUCAAUGGUAUUGGAGUACAUGCAGAUUUGGACUGGAAGCAAAAAUAAUGAAAUGCGAAGAGCAUGUAAUAGGCAGCAUUGAUACA